UUUUAAAAAAUGUACAGUAUACAAACCAUUAUUGUUAGAAUUGAUAUAUCUCUGAUAUAACAGAUCACACAGUAAAGUACUACAAUAUUCAAGCUUUUGAAAAUAAUAAAGUAUUGGAGUAAAUCGAAAUAAUGGAUAAACCCUUAAUAGGAAGUGGCCAAAUCAAUUACCUAACAAUGACAAAUGGAGAAGAUGGAAUAAUAAAAGGGGGCCGAACGACUACUUCAUGGACAUGCAAGUUGCAUCCUGUAUUCUACGUCACGACGUCUGCCGCGUGCGUGCUAAUGACGUGGUGCAUGAUGUAUUUUUUUUUCGACAUGACGCCCGACUCGCAGCUAGCCUCGGUCGUUUUGUUAAUCUCAUGUUCGUGGGCAUUUGGAAAAAUCGCAGGGAUGCUGUACUUGCCACCGCUGCUCGGCAUGUUACUUGUCGGCGUCGUGCUCCGUAAUACCGGUCUCUACGAUGUGAACCAAAACGUCUUCCAGUCGCAUAUUAUCAACUUGAGGGAAGUGGCGCUCACAGUGUUGUUAGCGGCGUCCGGUCUCAGCCUUGACCCAGCCAUGUUGAAGAAGCUCAGUCUCGUCGUCACCCAGUUGGCCAUACUACCGUGCAUCACAGAAACAAUUGCCGCAGCCGUGGUUACACACUAUCUACUAGGACUUCCAUGGAUCUGGGGACUGUUGCUCGGAUGUAUUUUGAGUCCGGUCAGUUCAGCGGUAAUCCUUCCGGCCCUGUUAGACUUCAAACAAAAGGGUCUCGGUGAAGAUAAAGGGAUCAUAACAUUGGUGAUGGCCGCGUGCAGUUUCGACGACAUAUUUUGCAUUUCUGCAUUUGGAGUGUGUCUCAGUAUUAUAUUUUCCGAGGGUAGUUGGCAGACGAACGCCAUACGAGGACCCAUGGAAGUAGGCAUCGGAAUCUGCGUAGGCAUCGUUUGGGGCUUAAUCACCGGCUUCAUCCCGCACAAGUGCGAAACAAGUUUGACUUUUAAACGGACGUACAUAAUAACGACUGGCGGAGUGUUGCUCACAUUCGGGUCGAAAAUGAUCGACUUACCGGGUGCCGGUCCUCUGGCAAUCAUGACGGCUGCAUUUGUUUCCGCGAUAUGCUGGAAAAAAAACGAUAGUUAUAGCGAUAACGUGGAAAUAGCGACAAACAACGUGUGGGACUUUAUGGAGCCUUUAUUAUUCGCCUCAAUCGGCACGGAAAUCGAUUUGAGCAGCAUAAGACCAACGUUAAUUACGUCAGCGUCUAUCUUAUUGGUUAUCACAUCAUUGGUAAGAGUGGUCACGUGUUUCUUCGUUUUAAGGGAUACUAAUUUCAAUUUACGUGAGAAAAUUUUCGUAAAUAUUGCGUGGUUACCAAAAGCAACAGUUCAAGCAGCGAUUGGACCAAUCGCAUUGGAUAUGGCACGCAGUCGUGAUGAUCGCUUAAUCCCAUAUGCAUCUGAUGUAUUGGCAAUCAGUGUAUUAGCAAUAUUGAUCACUGCACCGGUUGGAGCGAUUAUCAUGACACUACGAGGAGAAUACUUAUUGAGGAAACAAUAUUGAUUAAUUAUUAUUUAUACCGAACAGAGAAUCUUGUUCAAACAGUGAAAUUAAUAAUUGAUCAAUAUUAGUUUGUUCUAUUAUUAAUGCUAGUCAAAUUUUCAUUGUUGUUACUUAAAUACAUAAAACUAAUUUCUUGGUUUUUA